CCCUUGUCUCCCCACCCUUCCUUGUCCAUCCGACAUGGUGAUGAUGGUGAUGGCAUGAUGAUGUUGAUGACCAUAAGAUCAUCACACACCAUCUCCCUCCCCCUCUCCCCCAUCCCCCACUCCAGUCUUCUGCUGCUCCUUUAAAUGGCUGUAUAAUCUAAUCAGUUUCGGGGAGGAAAGGAAAUUGAAGAAAAUGUCACUGAGGAGAAGCCUGGCGAGGAUCGGAUCUCUGGGAAGGAGCUUCUCCAGGAAGGGGAAGACCGUCCCUUUCCUGAUUCUGAGGUCGGAGCAAGGGGGUUUGAGAAACAGAGGCAAGGAGAGGGAUGAAGGGGAGGAGGAGGAGUUGUUGGAGGGGGGAGAAGGGUUCUGGGAGGGGGAGGAGGAGGAAGAGGAGGAGGGAGGGGAAGGGGUGAGGACAUGGGGGAGGCUGCUGCCGGAGCUUCUGGUGGAUAUCAUACAGAGGGUGGAGGCGAGGGACGACGCCUGGCCUGUGAGGCGGAACGUGGUGGCCUGCGCAGCCGUUUGCAGGAGGUGGAGGGAGGUCACUAGAGCACUGGUCAGGCCCCCCAAGGAUUGCGGCAUCAUAACCUUUCCUUUCUCGCUCAAGCAGCCAGGACCUCGGGAACUUCCCCUCCAAUGUUAUAUAAAGAGGAACAGGAAAACUUCAACGUUUUAUCUUUAUCUUGGCUUGUCACAAACCUCCAUGGAGAAAGGUAAAUUCCUCAUGGCAGCUCGACGGUACAGGCAUGGUGCUCAUAGUGAAUACAUUAUUUCUCUUGAUUCUGAAGACUUAUCACAAGGCAGCAGUGCAUAUGUUGGAAAACUGAGCUCUGAUUUCCUAGGGACGAAUUUCACUAUAUAUGAUAGCCGUCAGCCGUACACUGGUGCUCGCCCUUCAGGCUGUAAGACCAGCCGUAGGUUUGCUCCAAAGCAAGUCUGUCCACGUGUUCCUGAUGUAAAUUAUGAGAUUGGGCAGGUCUCAUAUAAGUUCAACUUGUUAAAAUCAAGAGGACCAAGGAGAAUGCACUGCAAUCUUCGCUGUCCUUCUCCAUUAGAGACAUCGGGUAGUACUACCCAUGCAAAGGAUAGGAGUACGUGGCAUGAAGCAUCUACUUCAACUUCAACCUCAGGAAACGUAAUCCUCAAAAACAAAGCCCCAAGGUGGCAUGAGCAUCUACAAUGUUGGUGUUUGAAUUUUCAUGGGCGUGUUACAGUUGCUUCUGUAAAGAAUUUUCAGCUUGUAGCAACUGUUGAUCCGAGCCAGCCUGGGGCAAUCGGAGAUGAUGAGUUGGUCCUCCUCCAAUUUGGCAAAGUAGGGGAUGACAUGUUCACCAUGGAUUACCGGCAACCACUCUCUGCCUUCCAAGCUUUUGCCAUCUGUCUGACCAGUUUCGGCACAAAAUUUGCUUAUUAGUCUUGUCGCAAUCUAGAGACUGAAAGAGUUGCACACGGAUGGCUUUAUUCUCUGAAAGCAAAGUCCCUCUUGGCGGAUGGGAGAAUUCAAAGUUCAUUUGAUUUUGAGAAAAAGUUCGUCGUAUCCGACAAGCCUAUGCUCCUCUGAUUGAAGGGUCGAGGCCUAUAUUUCAACAGUACAAUUAUGUUCUGUCACAUGGUUGAUAGAGCCCUAGGAGCCAGCCUAAGCUUUCAUCAUCUCUGAAAAUCAAUAAGAAAAGAACUUUGUGUCUGUUCAGUGUA